GGGUGUGUGUGUGUGUGUGUGUGUGUGUGUGUGUGUGUGUGUUGCCGGAGAAGACCGAGGAAAGGCAGAGGAGGAGGGGACGUAGAAAAAGGAGGAGUUGGUCGUGAGGGAGCCCAGCCCCGCAGCCCAGCAGCUCCAGCGUCUGCCAUGCCUCCUGCCCAUUAAAUGCAGAGCCCUUGCAGACCUGGGGCUGCUCAUGAGGCCACUGCGGAGCUGGAGGAGAAGGAACCGACACAUCAUCCUGGGACUCUUCGCUCUCUGCCUGGCCGUAGCCCGCUGCCUGCAAAGCCAGGGAGUAUCACUGACCAUUCCACAGCCUAACAUCAAUGCCACAGUGGCUCAAGACAUUCUACUCUCAGUUGAAUAUUCUUGCCAUGGGAUACCUACCAUUGAGUGGAAAUAUACAUCUUACUGGGGGAUGCAAAAAAUUGUGGAAUGGCAACCUGGAACCCAAGCCAAUGUCUCCCAAAGCCACAAGGAUCGAGUCUGUACAUAUGACAAUGGUUCAAUCCAGCUUUUCAGAGUAGGCGUGAGAGACACCGGCUACUACACAGUCACUGUGACUGAAGGACUGGGAAGCAGCCAGUUUGGCAUUAUUGUGCUCCAUGUGUCUGAGAUUCUCUAUGAAGAUCUACAUUUUGUGGCAGUUGUCCUGGCGUUUCUGGGUGCUGUGGCCACAGUGUUAAUCAGCCUUAUGUGGGUCUGUAAUAAGUGCUCAUACAAAUUCCAGAGGAAGAGGAGACACAAGCUGAAAGAAAGCACAACUGAAGAGAUUGAACUACAAAAUAUUGACUGUUAGCCAAGUCUGGGCUGAAGGACAUUACUACCUCAAGAGAGAGAAAAAAAACUUUUGAUUUUUAAAUGAAACAAGUAAACAAAACUAAGUACCUAGCCUUGUCACCUUCCACAGAUUGAGCAUGUUUUUUGUACAGAUACUUUUUCACAGGACAGAACAUCAUCCCUGAGAAGUGAUCCAAGGGCACAUGAAAAUUUACAGGUCUGACUGAGGCAGAGGAGGAUCUGGAUGACCAGGGCAUCAUUCACUUCCCACCCUUAAGCUAAAAUCUUGUGCAAGGUUGUGUUGAAGUUAAAACAAGUGAGUCACUGCUUUUGCAACAAAAUUUGAUCCAACGACUUCACUUGGUUAUGCCUUCAGUCUAAU